AUGUCAGAGGAACUUGAGAAAAUUCUUUUACAGCUGACCCAGCCUGAUAAUGCAGUGAUUCAGCAGGCCACAGCCCAGCUGAAGCAGGCUUUCAAAGACCCAGCCAUCAUCCCAGCCCUGUGUGCUGUUAUGACUGGCUCUCAAAACCCACAGAUUCGUCAGUCAGCUGCAGUGAUGCUGAGGAUGAGAGUGAAGAAACACUGGAAGAAGAUCAGCCCUGAUCACAGAGAGAGCCUUAAGGCAGUGGUGCUACAGGCUUUCACACAGGAAUCAGUACAUGUAGUGCGCCACUCCCUCUCUCAGCUGAGCGCAGUGAUGGUAAAACAUGAGACACCAGACCGCUGGCCUGCCCUGCUGGAGCUCCUCAACCAGUCCACCAAAAGCAACAACCCACAGGACAGACAGGUGGGCCUCCUGCUGCUGAGCAAGGUGGUUGAAUCCAACCCUGAGGCUUUUAAGCCUCACUACCGUCAGCUGCUGCAGCUGUUUGGCACUGUGUUGCAGGACCUCAACAACCCUCCAGCCUUGUACUACUGCAUCCUCACCCUCACAGCCAUGACCCCAUACACCGGCUCAGAGGAGAUGAACCUGAUGCGUUCUCUUAUCCCAAAUCUGAUUGUUGCUCUUAAGCACCUCCUCAAAGCAGAUCAGGAUCAAGCCAGUGAGGCCAUGGAAGUAUUUGAUGAGCUGAUGGAGAGUGAGGUGUCAAUUAUUGUUCCUCACAUUGCUGAGAUCGUCCGCUUCUGCUUGGAGGUCGGUGCUGACACCACAUUGAGUGACUCCCUGCGUGUGAAAGCUCUCUCCUGCAUCGCCUCCCUCAUUAGGCUGAAGAGCAAGACGGUGCUGAAGCAUAAGCUGCUGAACCCGAUUCUGCAGACUAUAUUCCCUGUACUGAGCGCAGCACCCCCCCCUGGUGAGGAGGACCCAGAGGACGAGGAGAAUGACAGCGGGGACCAGUCAGACAGCGAGAACCCCAAACACUGUGCUGCUCAGAUCAUUGACACCAUGGCACUCCACAUGCCCCCAGAGAAACUGUUCCAACAACUGAUGCCUCUCACACAGGCCUGCCUUGCCAGUGAAAACCCCUAUGAGAGAAAGGGGGGCAUCAUGUGCUUGGCUGUGUUGGCUGAAGGAUGUGCAGACCACAUACGCACUAAGAUGCUGUCAUCAGUUCUGCAGACAGUGUGCCGAAGUCUUUCUGACAGUAAUCAGGUGGUGCGCAGUGCUGGCCUCUUUGCCCUUGGACAGUUUUCUGAAUAUUUACAGCCGGAUGUCAGCAAGUAUUGUGACGAGCUGAUGCCUUUACUGUUGGGUUACUUGUCCUCCUUGAAUGAGGCCAAAGUAGGUCAUGUCACCAAGGCCUUCUACGCAUUAGAGAACUUCAUGGAGAACCUAGGAUCAGAUAUUGCACCCUACCUGCCAACCCUGAUGGACACGAUGCUGUCUGCUCUCAACAACGCCAGCAGCCUAAAGAUCAAAGAGCUGGCUGUGUCUGCUAUCGGCGCUAUAGCCAAUGCUGCCAAGGAGCUGCUGGUGCCUUACUUCCCUCCAGUCAUUGAAAGCCUGAAGGGUUUCCUGACAGCCACCACAGAGGAGAUGAGGCCAUUGCAGACUCAGGCCCUGGAUACUCUGUCAGUGUUGGCCCGGACUAUUGGUAAUGAUGUCUUCAGUCCUCUGGCUGCAGAGUGUGUUCAGCUGGGCCUCAACCUUACUGACACAAUCGAUGACCCUGACCUGAGACGCUGCACGUAUAGUCUGUAUUCUGCUGUGUCCACAGUCAGCCCUGACUGUCUGACUCCUCAUCUCACUGCUAUCACCACUGUCAUGCUGCUUGCCCUCAAGUCCACUGAGGGUGUCACGGCGCACCUUGAGGAGGACAAGACAUUUGUCUUACUGGAUGAUGAUGAUGAAGAUGAAGAUGGCAAAGAUGGAGAUGCUGUUCUGGAGGAUGAGGCUGAGCCCGAUAUCCAUGAUGUUGCAGGAUUUAGCGUGGAAAAUGCCUACAUUGAUGAGAAGGAGGACGCCUGUGAUGCACUGGGAGAAAUUGCCUUCAAUACCGGUGCUGCCUUCCAGCCCUUCCUGGAGUCUAGCUUCCAGCAGGUCUACGAGAUGAAAGAUUUCCCCCAUGAAGAUGUCCGCAGGGCAGCAUUUGCAGCCAUGGGCCAGUUUUGCCGAGCUCAGCACAAAGUAUGGAAGGAGAAUCCCACCGAGGCCAACCACCUGGCCCUACAGAAACUGCUGGAUAUAGUGCUGCCUUGCUUCCUGGAGGCAGUGCGGACUGAGCGUGAGCGCCAGGUGGUGAUGGGUGUGUUUGAGGCCAUGAACAGCGUGCUCAAGUCCUGCCAGGGGGAGGCGCUGAAGAGCCCUGGACGACUGCAGGAGAUCAGCCAUGUCAUCCGAGAUGUACUCAAGAAAAAGACUCUGUGCCAGGAUAGUGGUGGUGAUGAACCUGAUGAUGACGACCAACAGGCAGAAUAUGAUGCCAUGCUCCAGGAGUUUGCUGGUGAGGGAAUUCCCCUGCUGGCCUCAGCUGUACCUGCUGACACUUUUGCCCCCUUCCUCAAUGACCUGCUGCCUCUCAUCAUGAGCAAAGCUAAAUCCUCUUGCACAGUGGCGGACCGCUCCUUCUCUGUUGGAACAAUUGGAGAGGUCCUGCAGGCUCUCGUCAGCGUGUCUGGAGGCAGAGGAGUGGCAGGUCGUUUGUCCAAUCGGCUGCUGCCGGUGUUGGUGGCCGGAGUAAAAGACAGUGAUGCUGAGGUUCGCAACAACAGUGUGUUUGGACUGGGAUCUCUGGCUCAGGCUGCUGGACCUAUUGUUGCAUCAGACUAUCCUAUGAUGCUGUCUCUGUUCUCCAACCUACUGACCAAGGAGUCAGACCGCCGGGUGAUUGACAACUUGUGUGCUGCGCUUUGCAGGAUGAUCAUGAGCAAUGUGGACGCCGUCCCGCUGGAGCAGGUGGUGCCUGCGCUGGUGGCCCGUCUUCCUCUGCAGGAGGACAUGGAGGAGAACAAGACAGUGUACAGCUGUCUAGCCAUGCUCUAUAAACACAACCCUGCUCUGAUUGUGAGCCAAAUGAAGCCCAUAAUUGCUGCUUCCAGCCAAGUCCUGGGCACCAAGGAUCUUGAUGCAGAAACUCAGAACACUUUGGCCGUGCUGAUGCGAGAGUUUGCCCAGAAACACUCAGCAGAAUUCCAGGGUGCUGUGACCUCACUUCCUGUUGAGCAGCAGGCCAAGCUGACUGCAGCUGUGCCUGCCUCGUAGCCCACACACAUGUCCUUCCACUCUUGUGAAAGCCAGCUCAAAAAUGAAUUUUUAUACUAAAGGUGGAAAAAUGGGACAGUAGUUGAGGACUUUUUUUUCUCAAAAUUUGGCAAAAUACCUGCAAGUUCUAGCACUUAAACUGUUAUAUUACUUAUUGUUAUUGCAAUCAGCAGAUGUGUUUCCAGGUGUUAACUUUUAAUUUAUUUGUUGAUGGGCAUGCUGUGUUUACAUUUUAUUAUUUUAAGAGUUGAGAUUUAACAUUCUGCGUUGUUCUUUUCUUUUUUGUGUGUUUUUUUUUUUUUUUUGUCACCCAACUUGUAAUGUGUGAUUAUUAAUUGCUGCUGUCCCCUUUUUACCACUAUUUUGACAAACCUCUGGCUUUGUUUUCUGAGAGUGAAGCAAUGAAUUUAAUAUCCUGAUAAACAUAAACAUUUUUCAUUCCCAUG